UAUAUUUGUGAAACGUUCGCGAAAUAAAAAUGUAAAUUAUAAUGUAACCCGUAGAAAUAUUCGAUUCGGAUGAAUAUUAAUUUAAUGCCUGGUUCAACGCGUUUAAGUAUUCCCUUUUAUAUGAAUUCGUCACCCGUUGUGAGAAAAGCUUUAACUUUACUAUCGUCAGAAUUUCAGUUCAAGCAAAUGGUAUCUCACGGGUGGAGGUCGUUGCGUCAAAUUUCACAAAUCAUGAAUGAAUUCUAAGUUUUGUUAUAAAUUUUAUACGAAAUCGGGAUAUUGUUGAUCCUCUGUAAGUACUCCUCUGAUACAAACAUCGAACAAUGAACGAAGUAAGCGGAGGAAAACAAGAUAUACCUAAUACUUCUUCGUGGGAAACAUUAUCAGGACAAUCCGCAUCCUCUUAUUCCACCAUGCAUCACCAUCAUCAAUCAUUGCAGCAAGAUACAAAUCCAACGGUUGCACAAGUUAUAGUUCCUACUCCUGUAAAGCUUCAGGCACCUAUGUUAAGUUCAGCACAAACUAUACCUGACCAUUGUUCGCAGCUUGGUCAUAUUCAACAACCAGCCUUAAUAACACAGGGUACGCCACCAGGAUCUUUCCCAGACUCUGAACUUUCGCCUGAGCUUCAGCAACAAGGAUGGAAAAAGUUUUGGAGUAAAAGAGAAAAUCGACCAUAUUUUUGGAAUAAAUUAACUGGAGAGUCUUUAUGGGUAGUACCACCUUUGAAACCUCAGUUUGACCCAAUUACGGAUCCACUCGGUAUCUGUGGUGUGCAAUCCGUUCCUGGAAAUGGAACCAUUCCCUCUGGAGGAACAGUCAAACGUAGAGCUUCGGAAGAUAGUAUUGUCCCAGCUGCGAAGAAAUUUGUUUUAGCGGGUCCAUGGGAUUUAGAGAUACCGACGAAUGUUAUAAUAUAUGAAAGAGCACCGUCGAAUUUACCACACGUUCAUCCAGAAGCAGAAGCACUACGUUGUAGUUUGCUGGCAAAAUUGAGACAGUGUUAUCAAGAAUUGUGUCAUACCCGUGAAUCGAUUGAUGCACCUAAAGAUUCCUUUAACCGAUGGUUAAUGGAAAGAAAGGUUAUAGACUGUGGAUCAGAUCCUCUUUUACCGAGUCAGUGUUUCCCUGAAAUUUCUAUGUCAAUGUAUCGUGAAAUCAUGAACGACAUCCCGAUUAAGUUAGUUCGACCGAAAUUCACCGGUGACGCAAGGAAACAAUUGUCACGGUACGCCGAAGCUGCGAAGAAAAUGAUAGAAUCGAGAGCAGCUUCGUCCGAAAGUAGAAAAGUUGUGAAGUGGAACGCAGAAGACACCUUCCAAUGGUUAAGACGAACUGUCGGUGCUACAUUCGAUGAUUUUCAAGAUCGUCUAGCACACUUGAAACGGCAAUGCCAGCCUCAUCUCACGGAAACCGUGAAAGCCAGCGUUGAGGGUAUUUGUUUGAAGAUUUAUCACCUGUCGACAGAGUACGCGAAGAAAGUAAAGGAUAAAAAUAACCAAAUAUUGAAGGACAACGGUUUAGGGAACGUAAUACCGUUAGGAGGACCAGCCAGCACGCAAAGAAAAGUUUGGUGUUACCCAGUGCAAUUUUCACUUCCGACUCCUCGCCUUCCACAAAUGGAUUAUCUUCCUGAACGUGAACAAACGUUAUUACGUUUCCAUGGGGACACUGUGUGCGUUAAUAACAUGCAUCUCGCUAAAUUAGAACAUCUGUACAGAUACAAUUGCUUCGACGACAAGAAAUUUGAAAUGUUUCUACCACGCGUUUGGUGCAUGUUGAAACGCUAUCAGACGUAUCUGGGAAUAAACGAAGGCCAAGCGACACAGAUGGCCCUCCCAGUUACAGUUUUCGAGUGUCUGCAAAGACACUUUGGCGUGACAUUCGAGUGCUUUGCGUCUCCAUUAAAUUGUUACUUUAGACAAUACAGUUCGGCAUUCGCUGAUGUAGAUUCCUACUUCGGAUCAAGGGGACCUUUCUUAGACUUCAGGCCUGUCAGUGGCUCGUUUCAAGCAAAUCCACCGUACUGCGAGGAGCUAAUGGAAGCCAUGGUCAAUCAUUUUGAACGCCUUCUGGCCGAUUCAGCCGAACCUUUGUCCUUCGUAGUGUUCUUACCCGAAUGGAGAGAUCCAGCACCUAAUGCUCUGAUCAAACUGGAAGGUAGUCACUUCAAACGGAAGCAAGUAGUCGUACCUGCUAUGGAACACGAAUACAGGCACGGGUUUCAGCAUAUAUUAUCCAAAAGCGAAGUUAACAUUAGGGCAGCUCAUGGAACAUUGGUCGUGUGGUUGCAAAAUGCAGCUGGUGCUUCUCGCUGGGGACCUACGGAGGAAAGAGUCGAAGCGUUGUUGGAAGCGUGGCGUCCAGGAAGGGAAAGAGAACGGGAUAGGCAAGAACUUUUAUCGCCGCCUAGACAAUCUCAUCAACAAAUACCAUCUACACCUAUGCCUGUCUUAACAACGCCUACAACGCCAACAGUACCGUUACAGUCACUAAUGCAGGUAAUGCAUUUUUCGUGGGGUCUCGUUUGGUACCUGUUGUCCAUUCUGCCAGUUAACGCUGUUAAGUACAACAUAACAUUAACCCAUGAUGGUCCUGUAGUGUUAGGUGGAACUAUAACGUUUAAAGCUGAUUUCCUCGAGAAUGGUAGCAAGCCAAAAGGUACUUUUAAAUAUGAGUGGAGAGAUAACGCUAUGCCAUCCCAUGAAUACGAAACAGUAACAUCGAAUACUACAGUGUAUUGGAGUACAAGUUAUCCACGUGAAAAUUAUAGCAUUGGAGAAUACGAAGUAGAGGUAAUAGUAAAAGAGCAGUUUUUCAUUUUGUGGUCGACAGUUACCAGCAUACGUACUAGGUUUUAUGUAACAGAAUUCCUUAACGGCGACAUAGAGAUUAUACAGCCUAACAAAACAGGAGGAGAUAAAUAUGUUUCUUCUGCAACAGAAGCGAAUAUGACAAUAAAUAUGCGUAGAGGAGAUGUUGAAUAUUUAAAUAACGCAACAUCGGUAUUCACUUAUUGGUUUAUAGAUUGCAAAUAUUAUGGUCAAACAACUGAUUUGGAUUUUCAAUAUAAUUUUACAAAUGCUGAUGCAUCACAUAUGCUGGAAGUGCUAGUAGUUGCAUCGUUUGAGCCACCAACAACUGUACCGCCUACAACCACAACAACAACAACUACAACAACAACAACAACAACAACAACAACAACAACAACAACAACAACAGUAACACCAAAAACACCAGUGAAUACAUCUGUUCCAUUUUCUACAACUGAACAAAAUCUGAUUGCACCAAAUACUACUGUAGAAGAAGUAGCAACUACUGCAGUGUCUGAUACUGUUGUAACAGAGAAAACAGUAUUGACAACUGCUACAGUACCUGUUACAACGCUCAUUUCAAAUACCAGUAUAAAUGUUCCCUUACCAUAUAUCUGUUCAAAUUCAUCAAUAGUACCUCCAGACCCUAAAAAGACUUACGGAUAUUUCAGCAAAAAGAUCAAUGUUCGUGCACCUAUAAUGAAUAUAACAGUGGAGGGUACGAACUGGAUUCAACCGUGGGACAUGUUAUCUUUGAAUGUGACCUGUAAAGGUUCCGGACCUUUUUAUAAGUGCCUUGAUUUUCAACGAGGAAAAUACAAUCCUACUGGAAAUGAAACGUGUAACAGCGCUGAUCCCCUUCAUUCCUGUAAUUUUUCUAUCAACCAUUACUUUUUGGAGCCAAGUGUAUAUACGAUACUAAUUAUAAUGAAUAACGAUGUCAGUAAACAAGUAUACCCUCUGACAAUAAAUAUUUACAAAGUGACAACAAAACCGCAAUUGUCAGUAAUUGUUGUGCCUGUUUCUUGUUCGCUCGCGGCAGUGGUACUGAUCGUUUUUGGUAUUGCGUAUUACAUACAGAGCAGAUCAAGAUUCACAGUGGAAGUCGCAGAUUUUGAUUUUGGUCAAAGUAAUCCAGAGAUGGAGUACAAAACGUUCAUAGCACGGUUACGAGACUCUUUCAAUAACACCAUAAGACCAGGAAACAAACGGAUAAAUGGUUAUAAACACCUCAGUAAUCCUGAACCUCUUCAAUGAUUUUCAGAACGAAAGAAAUGUAAAAUUAUGGGAUAAAUGGGUAAACAAUUGCGGAGAAUAUAAUGAAACCAAAUGAAAUGAUUCGUAAACUGGUUUUUGGAGUUGUAUCCUACAGUAUUUUUAGGUAUCGAAUAAUAUAUAGAUAUAUAGAUAUAUUAAUAUAUAUAUAUAUAUAUAUAUAUCUAAAAAUUAACA